AUGGCAUCUCCACGGAACAUUCUCUAUGCCCUUGGCACUGCGCUGUAUGUCAGCGCUUAUGCUGCUGCAGUCCCGCUCGAUAUCGGCGUGGACGUUUGCCUGCCGUUCGGCAUUCAGGUCGGGCUUUUUAUUGACCUGUUUGAACCACCGCAGAUUACUGAGGUAGUCCCAAUCUUCGCUACUGCCACAACCACGGUCCCCUCGGCUGGGGUCUAUACUGUGCCAUCUGGCACCUCCGUGGCGACUGUCACUGCCCAUGAGGCCAGCGAGAUGUGUAUCACUUCGGUGACGACAAAGACGACUACCUACCCAUGCUCGACCUCAACCUCGUUCACGACAACGUGGUGGGAUCCAUGCAUAAGUUCCUCUUCGACGGGCACUUGUCGCUGGACGCCGCCUGCUACCAGUGCACCGACUACGAUAACUGCUACUGUGACUGCCACCAUCACUGAGUCAGCAACGUCUUGUGUGCCUACAACCCCAACAGCUACACUCAGUUGCGACCCCUACGGAUACUUAAUCCAAUACGCAACUUUAUACCGGGUUGACCUUACCACCGGGGAUACAACCCAGGUCUCCACGGGACUCGGCGACAACACCUCCAUCAACUCCAUUGGAUACAAUGUCCUAGACAACUACAUCUACGGAUAUCAGUCCAGCACAGGGACGAUUCUUCGGAUCAGCGCGGAUGGUACCACGGUGACUAUCGACGCCGACUCGCCUCCAGCUGGCAGUAACAUCGGCGAUGUCGAUACAAACGGGCACUACUGGGUUGGUACAGAGACAACCUGGGCUCAGAUCGAUCUCGCGCCUGGGUCCGCGACAUAUGGCCAGACGCUUGCGAACGGGACUACUUCUACGCUUGGUUAUGCGGUGGCAGACUGGGUGUACAUUCCGGACGCAGGCGAGUACAUGUACGCAGUUGGCUCAGUGAGUUCUAUGAAUGAAACAGCCCUGCUUCGUUUCGAUCUCUCUACGCAUGAAUGGGAGUCUGUUGCCGACUAUGGCGCGCUCGGCGUGAUCGGUGUGGGUGCCGUAUAUGGAAUGAACAACGGAACUCUGUAUGCAUCGGAGAAUGGCAAUGGCCAGAUUUGGCAGUUCCCAGUGUCAGGCGACACUCCGUUUGAGGUCUCGCAGGGCCCUGCUUCUGGUAAUAAUGAUGGAGCCCGGUGCGUGUUGAACUUGUUGGCUUGA